UUUCAGACUGACAUCAAACAUUCAGGUUUAUGUGUCAUACUUUGUUGUUUGCUGAUAAACUGAAUAUACGCAUCACGAGAGUAACUGUUAGAAUUUAAGAAGGCAAAAUACACCGUACCAUAUGUCUCGUCCAGAAUUUACUGGUCCACCGGAAUUGUAUUACAACGAUGUUCAAGCUGCCAAAUACUCAGAGAACUCACAUAUUGUCGAAAUUCAAAGACAUAUGGCGGAACGAGCCAUCGAAUUGCUUGCUCUUCCGGAUGAUGACGUAUCGAGGUUAUUGCUAGAUGUUGGAUGUGGUUCCGGAUUGAGUGGAGAAGUUAUAACAGAAAAGGGUCAUAAUUGGAUUGGUGUGGAUAUUAGCGAAGCGAUGUUAAAAGUUGCCAUUGAUGAUCGAGAGAUCGACGGUGAUGUUAUAUUGAAAGAUAUAGGUGAUGGUUUACCUUUUCGGCCAGGUACAUUUGACGGUGCAAUAAGUAUAUCUGCAAUUCAAUGGCUUUGUCAUGCAAAUAACCGAGAACAGAGCCCACAAAAACGACUACUUCACUUCUUCCAGUCAUUAUAUGCUUGCAUGGGUCGAGGAACCCGUGCCGUAUUCCAGUUUUAUCCGGAAACUGUUAGCCAGACUGAACUUAUAACAACGCAUGCAACAAAAGCAGGCUUUACUGGGGGUGUUGUCAUUGAUUUUCCCAACAGUACCAAAGCCAAAAAAGUUUAUUUGGUGUUAAUGGUUGGUGGUAUGCAACAUCUGCCAAAAGCAUUAAUUGAAGAGCAAGAAAGGGAUCAAGUUUCGAACACAGGAAGAAGAUCAUGGAAAAGUGACAAACGAGGCAGGCGAAAAUUGCUGAAACGUUCGAGAGAAUGGAUAGAAGCUAAAAAGGAUCGUGCCCGAAAGCACGGAAAAGAGGUUUGCAUAUCUUCAAAAUAUACUGGCCGGAAAAGGAGACGUUUCACAUAAAUUGCGCAUUGAUUCACUUUUGUGCUUUAUUUGUUGUUUUUGCUGCUGUCUUUACUUUUAAACAUGAUAAAACAACUUCUUUUUAUUAUUUUUUAUUGAAUACACCACUGU